UGUCGCGACAACACUGAGAUAGAUCGUUUUAAGAGAGACAGUUUGGUUUUUAUAAGACUUUCUCUUCACAAACCCUCUCAUGUAACGAUUUAUAAAUCAAGACAAACACUACCCGGACGUAUUUAGUGCGACACAGGGGAUUAAUGGCCGCAGUCAAUGUACGGAUCUCCUCUCAUUGUUUACAUUUGGGAAGUGUGUCGUCCGUGUUUUUCCGGUUGUCAUUGAUGCAGACUCGACCCUAACAUGGCUCUGAGGACACGUCCCGGUGAAUGGAUGUGAACAGAUUCCCCGUGAGAGAGAACCGAGCCGCCCGGCGGUGAACUAGCCCUGUGUGCUAACCCACUAGCCCAGCUCCAUCGUCCUUGUCGCCCGCUGCUCCACAGAUGGCAACGCACUCCUAAUCUUUCGGUUCGCUUCCCUCCUGCUCGGAUCUCGAUGGCAACCACAUGACUGAGGAGGUGUAGCGCCAGUUGAGCCUGAAGGCUAGACACAAUCUCCACCUGAGGAAAAUCACACGGUGCACCAUGUUUAGCGUCACCCAAAGCUCCAAGUCCGAGUUCCUGGACAAAGCUCGGCAGGCCAGGGAGGACAGGAGAGGACAGAAGGACAAGGAGAACUCAGCAACACACAUCCAAGCCCUGGUCAGGAGGUUCCUCUGUCGCUGCAGACUCCAGAAACAGAUACGGCAAGACGUCGAUGACUAUUUCCAAGCUCAUGAAAUCGGGACAUCCAAAAGAAAUGCACUUUCAAUUUUCAAAAUUGCUAGGAAAUUACUUUUCGUAUAUCGCCAAGAGGAUAAGAUGAGGUUCGAGAAGCUCUGUCGUGCAAUCCUUGGCAGCAUGGAGGUGGAAAAUGAUCCUAAAGUCUGGUACGUUUCCUUGGCGCUCUCCAAAGACCUCACCAUCCCCUGGCUGAAGCAGAUCAAAGACGUGCUGUGGACCUGCUGUCAGCUACUGAAACAUUUAAAGCCUGACAUACUUCAGGACAAUAAAUUGGUGACGCUUUACCUCUCCAUGCUGGUGACCUUCACAGACACUUUAACCUGGCGGAUAGUCAGAGGGAAGGGAGAAGCUCUCAGACCUGCUUUGAUGAGGAUUUGUGAAAAUAUCAUGGGUCAUCUCAAUCAAAAAGGAUUCUAUUCAGUUCUGCAGAUCUUGCUGACUAAUGGCUUGGCUCGUUCUAAACCAUCCCUCUCCAAAGGCACUCUAACAGCCAUCUUCUCUUUAUCAUUAAGGCCCGUCAUUGCUGCUCACUUCUCUGAUAACCUCCUGAGAUCAUUCCUCCUUCACAUCAUGUCAGUUCCAGCCGUCGUUUCCCACCUCAGCGUGCUUACUCCAGAGUGUAUGUCGUCCAUCCAGACGCAUGGCCUGCUGCGUAAGUUCAUUCUGUUUCUCAGCCGAGAGGAACAGUGUUUGGACAUCUGCGUGUGUCUCGAGGGAAGCCACACACUCUGCUUACUUGGCAACCUGAUUCACUUGGGCUACCUGACUGAGAAAGUCCUUGAAGAGGAGGCCAAUCAUUUUGUGAAGGACCUGACUGACAUGCUGUCCUACUGUCAGAGAUAUGUGUCCCAAAAGAAGUCCAACCUUACCCACUGGCACCCUGUCCUGGGCUGGUUCUCCCAAACGGUAGACUACGGUCUGAAUGAAUCGAUGCCGCUGGUCACGAAGCAGCUGCAGUACCUUUGGGGUGUUGCUGUCAUCCGGACACUCUUCAGUGACGUGCUUUCUAAAAAGCUGGAGAGUCAGGAGCCCACCCCCCCGCCCCCGCAGCCCAGCACCUCACAGAACAAUCUGCCCGUUAAAAACCUCUUCAAGCGUGCGUUUCAGAAGUCGGCUUCUGUACGGAACAUCCUGAAACCGGUCGGAGGGAAGCGGGUCGACUCCGUUGAAGUGCAGAAGGUGUGCAGCAUCUGUGUGCUCUACCAGACGGCGUUGUCCACACUAACGCAGAUACGACUCCAGAUACUCACCGGUCUGACGUACCUUGAUGACCUUUUGCCCAAACUUUGGGCCUUCAUCUGUGAGCUCGGCCCUCAGGGAGGCCUCAAACUCUUCAUGGAGUGUCUAAAUAACGACACUGAAGAGUCCAAGCAGCUGCUGGCUAUGCUCAUGCUCUUCUGUGACUGCUCACGCCACCUCAUCACAAUACUGGAUGACAUUGAAGUAUAUGAAGAACAAACAUCUUUCAAGAUUGAAGAACUCAUCACCAUCUCUUUAUUUCUCAACACCUUUGUGUACAAGAUGAUCUGGGAGGGCAUCUUAGAAAAUGCGAAGGGAGAGAAGCUGGAGUUGUUCCACAGUGUUCACGGCUGGCUGAUGGUGCUGUAUGAGCGGGACUGUAGGCGGCGGUUCUCCCCUGAUGACCACUGGCUACGCAAGGACCUGAAGCCCAGCCUGUUGUUCCAAGAGCUGGAGAAAGGCAAGAAAAGAGCCCAGCUUAUACUGCAGUACAUCCCACAUGUCAUCCCACAUAAAAACAGAGUGCUGCUGUUCAGGAACAUCGUUACGAAGGAGAAAGAAAGUUUAGGAUUGGUAGAAACGAGCUCCGCGUCACCACAUGUCACCCAUAUCACCAUUCGGCGCUCACGGAUGUUGGAGGACGGUUACGACCAGCUCCGCAGGUUACCGGCUAAUUCCAUUAAAGGCCUCAUUCGUGUGAAGUUUGUCAACGACCUGGGAGUCGACGAGGCCGGGAUCGAUCAGGACGGAGUGUUCAAAGAGUUCCUCGAGGAGAUCAUUAAGAAAGUGUUCAACCCCGCUCUCAACCUUUUCAGGACGACGAGUGGAAAUGAAAGGCUGUACCCUUCACCGACGUCCUCCAUCCAUGAGAACCAUCUGCAGCUCUUUGAGUUUGUAGGGAAGAUGCUGGGGAAAGCCAUAUAUGAGGGCAUCGUUGUGGACGUCCCUUUUGCCUCUUUCUUCCUCAGUCAAGUCAUGGGUCACCACCACACCACCUUCUACAGCUCCAUCGACGAGCUGCCCUCGCUGGACUCUGAGUUUUACAAGAACCUCACUUCCAUUAAGCGCUACGAUGGAGAUAUCGGGGAUCUAGGACUGUCGUUAUCCUACGAUGAAGAUGUUAUGGGGCAGCUUGUCUGUCAUGAGUUGAUACCUGGAGGGAAAACCAUGCAAGUCACCAACGAAAACAAGAUCAGCUACAUCCACCUCAUGGCGCACUUCCGGAUGCACACGCAGAUUAAGGAGCAAACUGCGGCAUUCAUCCGGGGCUUCCGCAGCAUUAUUACUCUAGAGUGGCUGCACAUGUUUUCCACGCCUGAGGUUCAGCGUCUCGUCUCGGGAGACAAUGCAGAGAUGGACCUCGAUGACCUCAAGAAGCACACGGUCUACUAUGGCGGUUUUCACAGCAGCCAUCGCGUCAUCAUCUGGCUGUGGGACAUCAUGUCCAGUGACUUCACUUCUGAAGAGAGGGCCAUGUUCCUUAAAUUUGUUACCAGCUGCUCGAGGCCGCCUCUUUUAGGGUUUGCCUACCUCAAACCACCUUUCUCCAUCCGUUGUGUGGAAGUUUCAGAUGAUCAGGACACCGGAGACACCCUCGGCAGCGUUCUUCGGGGCUUUUUCACAAUCCGCAAGAAGGAGCCCGGUGGUCGACUUCCCACGUCGUCGACAUGCUUCAACCUGCUCAAGUUGCCCAACUACAGCAAGAAGAGCAUCCUGCGUGACAAGCUGCGCUACGCCAUCAGCAUGAACACCGGCUUUGAGCUCUCCUAACUCGGUCAGGACCGCCUUCACAGGAGGCUCGUGUGGAGCAGCCAGAGAGGCCGGAGCCGUGGCAGGAGGGCGUCGCUGAAGGACCCGAGGACUCUCCCUCUGUCUCUUUGUCAAACUGGAUCUGCUCCACGUCGGCCGCUCGCUGACAUGUUUCUGCAGCACAAUCCAAUUUUGAGCAUCUCUCUUUUGCCAUUUACAAAAUUCAAUAUGUUGUGUAUUUAACUUGAUGAAAUCCAGAUAUAUAGUGGCUGGAACUCUCAUUCUCAGGCUUAACAGAAUCACGCGCGGAUCCAACACUCCCACUUUAAGCAAACUGAAAAGCAAUCCAGAUGCGAUGCAAACCACGACACACAUGGAGCGCAGCCGAGCGGUGCAUCGUGAAUAUACCUACGAGCUUGGACCCCAUUAUUAUCGAGUCUUAAAAUGUUCUGCUGAACAUAAUGCAUCUCUUACAGUGGAAGACAAAUCGAUGUCUUGUAUUCCAGCUCCAUGGCUCCCAGCAGCGAUCCUGUGAUUACAUGAUGUCCCAUUUUGAGGAGCAUCCUUUGACCUCCACUUCUCCCCCUCAAGCCAGCCGCCGGCUUCCAUGUUCUCGGUUGAAAACGAGCCUCGUUGCUGCUGCUGCAGCGGGGACUUUUGACGAGGAGAGAAUCUGUUCCUGCUGCUGUUGGAUGUGGAGAAGUCGUCCUUGCUGGAGCUUUUAUAAACAUCUGAUUGAAAGAGGAGCUGACCGUGUCUCCGGUGCUCCAGCCCAGGAAACCAGACGCAGCAGCUUGUUGUCUGUGCUUGACCUUGAAAAGUAAAGUGAGUCAAUGAUGUUAGUCUUCAUACUUAAUGAUAGUAAAACUGAAGAUUUUUCUCAACUCCUUUUGGAUAAUGCUGAGUGCCUCAUAUCCCCCCCCCCCCCCCUUUGCUCUCACAUGUUUGACUGUAACCAAUAACCACAUAUAUUGGAAACAAGCCAUAGAAAUGGGGGCUAUGUACCUGGACUUAUUCUCUACUUUAACUAACACCCGCUCUACCAACAACAACAACAGGGUCUAAUACGAUGCCCUCCGAUCUCUGUGGACCCUUUGAGCCAUGCGGAAACAGCAUUUUGGGUUUCAACACCUGUCAACAUGAUGUCAUGAACUGAUUUCUUGCUUUGUUUUAAGUUCCUUUGGAUGGAAAUGUUGCGGAAAGCGAAACGAGAGGAAAUGUUAUCAGUCUAAAUAUUACUCAACACAGGGUUCAACUAGGUCAUCACGUUGAGGAAGGAAGUGAUCUACCAGAAAGACUUGACUUCCAAAGAAGGGUUAAAAAGUAAAUAUCAAACCAUUAACAAGUUCUUAACUAGAACGGGCACUCGGUAGAGCGCAUACCUUCGCAUAUCACAAGAUUGGGCAUUGAAUUAUGAACAUUUUGGCAUUAGUUUCAUGCCAAUUGGACAAAAAUGUAUCGUGCAAUGGUAAAAUAAAGAUUUUGACCUUUCCAUGACCUUGACCUUUGACCCGAUUGAUCCCAAAAUCUAAUCAAAUGGUCCCCGGAUAAUAACCAAUCAUCCCACCAAAUUUCAUGCGAUUCAAGAACAUUUUGACCUGUUCAUGACCUUUGACCCGAUCGAUCCCAAAAUCUAAUCAACUGGUCCCCGGAUAAUAAACAAUCAUCCCACCAAAUUUCAUGCGAUUCGGUUCAAUACUUUUUGAGUUCUGUGAAAGAUUUUGACCUGUUCGUGACCCUUGACCUUUGACCCGAUCGAUCCCAAAAUCUAAUCAACUGGUCCCCGGAUAAUAAACAAUCAUCCCACCAAAUUUCAUGCGAUUCAGUUCAAUACUUUUUGAGUUUUGCGAAUAACACGCAUACAAAUAAAUAAAUAAAUAAAUACACGGCGAUCAAAACAUAACCUUCCGGCAUUUUCAAUGCGAAGGUAAAUAUGCAAAAAACAAACCUCUCGUCAUGAAUGAGUAUGGAAACUUGUUAAUACACAGGCUAGAGAGCAUUGUGGUCCUGGUUGCCAUGAUUCUAAUAUCGUGGUCAUUAACUUGUGAAAAGGUGAUUUAUAAAGUGUAACAUUGGUCGUAUUGAAUCCUCAUGAGAGAGAACUCUGUCCUGAUGGGACGGAUCGAUCCGGAGGAUCUGGCUCCAGCUUCCUCCUCCUCCACUGAAACGGAUCCAACGACAUGCGACGCUUCAGUGAGCAGCAGAGGUCAGCGACCUCAGCUCGUCACGCGAUGAGGUCGCUCCUCUGGUUCAUGAUGUCAGGAGCCGGUCAGACUUUAAGUGUUCCGCUGCUGACCGAGACGAUCCUCUAGGACGACAGCUCAUAAAAAUGACCCUCGAAAUGUUCCCACGCUCCCUGUGAACGAUUCAUCUUUUGUUCAAGUGUCUUUGAGAAUGGCUGCACUAGUGUGUGUGUGUGUGUGUGUGUGAUACUUUUUGUCAGUGUAAUGUUAAAUCAUGUAUAGGCUACCAGUAUUAUAUAAAUCAUUUACUUUAAGUCAUGUGUGUAGUUUCCCUCAAAGCACUGGCUGACAGUGUUUCAUAUAUACAUUAUAAAGUGUUCUGUUAACUUAAAAAAAUGUUUUUUACGAUUCCUGGUGUUUAUUAAUUUAAUAAUAAAUAACAAUUCAGUAAAUGUA